GCAGCGGUUGCACUUACACCGUAAACGGCAACUUAGUGUUAAGUGCGCCUUUGAGUCUUUGACUUCGAAUGGAAUACCUCGGCCUUCGCGUUCCUUACAUCAGCAUAGUCCGCAAGACUUUGGAUCGGCUUCAAGAAGGAUUAUCUGGAGUCGGCCUUUUCUCGCGAGUUCGACGAGACGCGCCGGCCAAACAUGACAUGGGCCGUUAUAAACCCUCCCACGCGCAACAUCGUCCAAGACGCCAAGUGUGUCACUCGACAAUGACCCCAGGUGAUUUUCACCAUUCCAUCAUUCAGCCCAGCCAAUAGACACUAAAAUGGCUCCCACUAUGCCUCCCGGAUAUCUCUCUGCCACUGAGUGCUAUUUUCGCAACGAGGAGGCUGAGGCCAUUGUUCGAACCGUCGGCUACCAUUGCGAAGACUAUAGUCGUGGCAUGCUUUGGUUCCCGCGUAAGGUACACGUCGGCAUUCGUCCCUCGAUCGCGACACCCUUCCAGCGUACCCCUACCACGGGACUCGGCUUUCUCGAUCGGUUACCUCUCGAGCUCUUGCAUGACGUAUGGCUACGUCUCGACAUGCGAUCGCUAUUCAACCUCCGUCAAGUGAAUAUCAGGGCGAGAGAGACGGUGGACGCUCUCAAUCAAUACCAGCUGGUGGUCUCGUAUGGCCUGAACCUUUUCUGCGCGCUUUUACGGACACAACUUGCUAGCGGCAUUUCUCUCUCCGACUUCUACGAUGCACUGUGCAAGAAGAAUUGUGCUCUUUGCGGAGAAUUUGCCGGCUUCAUGUCACUCCUGACGUGGACUCGAUGCUGCUUUGCGUGUCUCGAAAAGGCUCCCGAACUAGAAGUGCAAAGUCUCGCCUCUGUCCGCAAGACAUUUCACUUGAGAAAGGGCCAGUUAGCCCAAUUGAAGUCAUUCAAGACUUUGCCAGGAAUAUACUGGGUGGACUCGGGGUGUGUGCUCGAAUCUGUACGCAAAUCCCGCACCACGGUCGUUUCCGCCCAUCAAGCCAGGCUGCUUUUCGGACAACAGCUGCACACACCAGCACAGGAACAAGAAACGAACUGGGACCGUCGGAGUUCAAUACUCAGAUACACGGCGGCGUGCGAACUUGCCUAUUAUGAUAAAUCAACCGGCAAGGUGGAGAAUGGAAUAUGCUGUGCCGGGUGUCAACUUGCUCUCGAAAAGCGCAUCAUCGGCUCCUGGGGCGAGGAUUGGUCUUACGAGGCUCGCAACAAGUCAUAUGCCCGAGAUGGACUUCUGGGACACUUUCGAUGGUGCAAACAGGCACAACUCUUGUGGGAAUCUAGUGGCGGAGGUAAACGUCGGCCACCCGAGUUGCCGGCGUUCGCCUGGCGCGGAAGCUUCUUUAAGGACAGAGAAUGACAAAACGAUGGGAAAUUGUUCGCGAGUUUAGCGCUAUUAUUAGGCUGUACUCUUAUGAUUUGUCUGAGCAAAAACAGGUCUACCUAGACCUUCGUCCACCGGC